GGUGACGGCCCGCGGCGGGGCGCGCGGAGCAACUUCCCUUUCACUCGCCGCCGGCGCGGUAGCGGGCAUCAUCAGUGGCGCGAACGCGGCGGCACGCACGCACUCCUCGCACUGACUCAUCGUGCGUCAAGCUGGCAAGCCGUCCGUCGUGAACGUGCUUCCCUAGCGGUGCGCGCUUCAUCUGGUGACGUUACUUCGACCACCGGAUUAUCGGGACCCGGAUCACGGCGCUAGGAGCCCGGGGUUAGUGCCUCGGGUCUCAAACUUGGAUUACGGCCUGGCAUGCUGGGAGACGGCCCAGCGCUGCGAUGGCAUCGUGUAAAGAAACCAGGAUGGACGAUCUUGGAGGAGUGGGAGGGGAAACGUCAGCUGGUACCGGCAUGUGCCUGUCCUCAGCCAAGUCGAGCCCUGACCUGUCUGUUCCAGGGCCCAUCUUCUUCUUGAUCAAGGAACAAGCCAAGUCCUUACUUGCCAUCAAGGAACUACAAGACCGGGUUCAGGCUCUGGAGGGCUUUCGCAAUGACAUCUUCUUUGCUAUUCAAGACAUUCAGCAGACAAUGCAUCAUCCUGCGAGACAACCACAGAUAAAAGUUCCUCCUGACAGCGUCCCGGUCAGCAGUGCUUCAGGGGCCUCUGGUGAGGAGUGUGUGUCUCCAAGCAGCUCAAAUUUCAAGUCAUGGACCUUGAACCCAAAGCCUAGGCGACACAAAGACACGGUUUUGACUUCGGCUUGUGCUAGGACCAAAGUAAAGGACGGCAGUGCCUGCGAGCUCAGCAGCCGGAGUGCACUCAAGCCUCCAGCCACUAGUCUUUCAUCACAGGUUGCCUCAACGUCAACCAAGGGGGACACCACGUCCACCAUCUUGGAGAGCGACAAACAGGACAGUGGCCUCGACUCAGAUUGUCGAGAGCAUGGCUCACAGGAAUCGAUCCUUGCGCCCAAGGACGAACUCUUACUGCUUCUGGAAAUGAUUGGCGAGCGCGGAGUGCAACUUCAAGAGAAGGUUCAAGAGAUGGAACAGGCACAGGCGAGCAUGGGGCAAGGCAGGGACUGUGCCCCAAGGAGCCACAGCGAGCUGCUCGAGUUCCACGGAAAGGAGCUCCAGGCACGACUCAGCGAGAUGGAAGUUGAGCGUGCUAACUAUAGGACAAUGGUGCGUCAGCUGCAGUCAACAAUUCACAGGCUGGAAGGUGAGAAGAUGGCCUGCGAACACAAGCUGCAGGCCACUCUCAUAGAGAAGAAGCAGCUGGAAAAGAAAGUCCACAGCCUGCAUUUGCAAUACGUUCGGGGAGAACCGAGCUCUGUGCCCUUUUUGAAGGCAGAGAGCUGGCCCACGGCCCAUUCUCAAGAUGCACAAAGCCUAGGUGGUCUGGAAAGGUUGAGAAGGGAAGUGAAGGGCAUCAAGUCAGAAGAAGGCAAGGCAAAAGUGUCGACGAUUUUGAGAGAGUCUAACCCCAUCGAGCUGAAGAAACUGUUGUUAUUGUACACACUCGAGAACCAGGCUCUCCAGGAGAAGGCCGAAGAGAAAGAGCAGAAAUGGUAUAAUAAUCUGUCUGAGUGGAAAACUACAGAAGCUUCCCUCCGAACAGACAUUCAGAACUUGAUCCAGGAGCGUGACGAGUGUGUCGAGGCCCUCAGAAGACAUCAGACGGAAGUGAGGACGCUGCAGGCCAAAUACAAAGUGCUGGAGAUGACGGUACUGGCAUUCAACAACUUGGAGCGUAGCGACGACCGCCAUGGGGAGCAGUGUUGUGCUAGUCCAUUGCCGUACGGUCCUAACCAAAGGCUAGCACGGUCGUACCAUUCGGAGCUUGCCUACGGAGAGCCAUGCUACAGGACACAAAGCCUUCCGCCUGUCCUGCUUACGCAAGCCGAGAAUGGACCGUUGCUUCGGUGUCAAAAUGCGACUGCGCUCCACUGCGCCGGCAGCUCUUUGACAGAAAACUCUUUCGAAGAAGCUGCCUUCAACAAUGAAGGAAUGGCAUAUGAACUGGAGGAUCAAGUGCACGAACGGCCUCUUGCAUUCACAGAUUCUCCACUGUCCUCGCCUAAGAAGUUGUUCCGUCCGUUGUGGCAGCAUCGGCACACGGGACCUUCGGGAACUGUGAGUGACGCCGUCCGGCUGAUGAACCUCGACGAAGAGCACAGGGAGCUCAAGUCAGGACCGCAGUCAGACAUUGAUAUGAUCUGCAGCGAGUUUGAUCCUCUUGUGAAAGUGGAAACUCCUCCAGCAAGGGAUAGAGAUCCUAACACCAAGCCAUUGGACUUUGUGGACUCGCUCGACCUUUCCAUUCCUUUGAAGCCAACAAAGACUGCGAUGUUAAGUGCUACUAGGCCCGCUCGAGCCCGCCUUGAACUCAAGUACCUUCCGACACCCAUUUACAGUGCACGGCCUGUGGUGAGCCAGAAGCACAGGACAUUCUCCAAGUCUUCGGAUUAGGUUGCCAAUAGUUUGUUUUAUGGGUGCACUAUAGAGAUUUGUAAAAAAAAAAAGAAAUAGUAGUUGUUUUUACGGUCGUCCGGCGAAGCAAAUUUGUAGCCUUUAUUUUUUCCUUAAGAAGCAGCAGUCACCAUCUUCAAUAUGGGAGUGCCAGAGUUCUUUUGGUGAAUGUAAACAUAGAAAGUGCAGCAAAGCAAGCUUUUAGUGCUCAUGUAAAUAUGUAUUAUAAUAUGGUUUUCAGUUAGCAAAGCUUUAAGAUCAAGAAAGUUAGGCGUCAAGUUGUGUUUUUUUGGAUGCUCUUAAAAUGAAAUUGUUGAAGCAUAUUGCAGUUCUAAGAUAGAAAAGCACACGUUUAUAGAAGGAUAGAGUAUUUACAGAUGUACCCCUCUAAAUCUCGCCUCUUUUCAGGUCGAAUGGGUUACUGCUCAUCAUAUUUGUGUUUAGCAAAUGCCAUGAUCAUGAUGCAACAAUCGCACAAAUUUAAUUUAAAGUUUGAGGAGGCAGUCAUUAUAAGCCAGUGAAGAGGGAUAUUUUCCGUUAUGCUGUAUCCAACUCUGAAUGGCCAAGCAAUAGGAAAUUAAACAAGCCCCUUCACAUCAGUCACAUUCUUUGUUUCAUCACUCACUCAAAUCAAACUUCUGGAAUUAUUGUUUUUAACAGUACAAUCUUUCUCGGUGGCUAUUUGUCUUUGAAGGUCCUAGUGACGAGAAUGAAAUGCACUGUCUUCGUUUUGUCAAAUGAACCAAGAUCGUGGUGAUUACUCCAGCACCUCUUAAACCAGCUAUUAUUCCACUGAAUUAUCUUCGACCCCCAAAUUUCAAAAUGCUUGCUUCAAUAGACCGAUCUCGCCAACCAGUCUGGAUACGCUACCGCUGCCGUGAUGCAUGGAAGGAACUUUAGUCUUUCUGCGCGUGCGAGAACAUCGCUGCAGCUUUGUUGCACGUGCUGAGCACGAGACGGCUCAAGUCGUCUCGGGCACUGCCGCCUGCUUCCUGCGAACUAAAGUUAUUGCGAUGUCACGUAUGUAUCGAUCGCCUGGUGAGAUCGGUCUAUUUGAAAACCCUUUGCAAUGUUUCUACAGAUGUGUUUGCAAGGUCGGUGUAAUGACAGGCUGACUCAGUUGGUCAAAGAAAGCCAGAAUGAAAGAAACUGUUCAACGGCAUCGUUUUUACAAAUUGAAAAGUAUAAAAAAAAAUCAUUUUUAUAUGAAUGUUUAAACAACGGAAAGGUUGUUUUUUUCUUUUGUAAGUUAUGUGGCAGACGUUAAGACAAUAUAAUUAGAGGAAUUGUACAUCAAGGGACCAAUCGAGGUUGACAUUCUGUGUAACACCAAAGAUACUUUUAUCCCGUUGCUCUAGGUUUUGAUAAAGCCUUGAUGACUGAUUGCAUCCGUUUUCUCCAAAAUUGUAGUUCAUGUGCUUUCUUUUUUUUUUUUUUUUUUUGUGGGGUGUGUGCAUUAGUUGGUGUUCUUGAUAGCUUUACAGCAUGUGUUGCUUCAUUUGUUCACAUUUGCCUUGUAAAGAACAAAAAGAAAUGGACAUGAUGCGUCAUCCGAACGUAGGUAAAACAAGCUUUUACAUUCUUUCAGCACCGUCUUAUCUGGCUCCACCCCGACGUUCAAGUGCAAUUCCAGCCAGAGGAACGAAGCAAAAAAAUCCAGCUUUCAGAGUUGCAGUGCCUUGAUCAAAACCAUCCAUGCAACGAGCUUUUCUGCGGAGUAUAUCAUCAUACAUGACCACUUUUCAGAAAGUAUGCGGUGGAUCGUCUAGUGAUACUACGUCAUGCGCAUCAUGGAAAAAUCGCACCUACCAAAGUCAGUUCCGCGAACUAUGGCAGUUUGAGUGUACUUGUAUAUUUCCCAUAAUUGACUAAAUAAAUGCUGCCUCUUUGCUAUUGUUUUAAAUAAAGGUAUAUGUGAUUACUUGA